AUGAAAGACGGUCAUGCUAGAGGGUCUGUGACCGGCGCGAUCGAGUUAGAGCCGCAGGCCAGAAACUUUCCCACCAGCUCCAAAGAGCAGAGACUGAAUGGAACAUCUAAUGCCACCACAACCCAAGAUGUGCACAUGGAACGAGAACCGGAUCUCGAAACAUUAUCAGCAGAGUCACAACACCAAUCACCGGCUGUGGUUGCGCAUGCGAUCGAGAAAUGGAAUGAGCCAUCGAUCAAUAUAAGACGGUUGUUUGCUACGUUUUGGGCCUUUGUGAUCAUGGGUGCGAACGAUGCUGCUUAUGGAGCCUUGAUCCCUUAUUUGGAAACAUACUACAAUCUCAGCUACACAAUCAUAUCCCUCGUCUUCCUCGCCCCCGUCGUCGGCUACGCGGGCGCCGCCAUCUUCAACAAUUCCGUUCACAUGUACUUUGGUCAACGCGGCGUGGCAGCGCUCAGCUCUUCCGCGCAUUUACUCGCAUAUGUCGUAAACUCAGUGCACCCGCCCUACCCAGUGCUGAUCAUCUCAUUCAUGUUCGCCGGCCUGGGCAAUGGAUUCGCAGAUUCAGCGUGGAAUGCCUGGGUUGCGAAUCUCGCGAAUGCGAAUGAAUUGUUAGGAUUGUUGCAUGGGCUUUAUGGUCUGGGCGCGGUGCUGAGUCCGUUGAUUGCGACUUCGUUGGUUACGAAGGCUGAGUGGCCGUGGUUUACAUUCUACUACUUGAUGAUCGGGGGUGCCGUACUCGAGCUUGGCUUAACACUCUUCGCCUUCUGGAAAGCGGACAAACAUGACUUCCGCAAACGCACCGCGUACGCCAAUAACAGCCCUGACCAACAGAAAGACAACCGCCUAAAACAGGCUCUAUUCUCUAAGGCGGGUGGGCGAGUCACAUGGCUCUGUGCGGCAUUUUUGCUAGGCUAUGUUGGUACCGAAGUCGCCCUAGGCGGAUGGAUUGUGACAUUCAUGAUACGCGUGCGUCACGGAGGCGCUUUUGCGAGUGGUAUGACUGCGACGGGGUUCUGGAUUGGUAUUACCGUGGGGAGAGUGGUGUUGGGGUUUGUGACGCCGAGGAUUGGAGAGAAGAUUGCUAUUAUCGUCUACCUAGCCCUCGCAAUGGCCUUUGAACUCAUCUUCUGGCUCAUCCCACAAUUCUACGUCUCGGCCGUCGCAAUCGCCAUCGAAGGCUUUUUCUUAGGCCCCCUCUUCCCCGCCGCCGUGGUUGCAGCCACAAAGCUCCUACCGAAGCAUCUCCACGUCAUAGCGAUUGGUUUUGCCGCUGCCCUUGGUGGCGCGGGUGCAGCUAUUUUCCCCUUCGCGGUAGGUGCGAUUGCGCAGUCGAAGGGUGUGCAGGUUUUGCAGCCUUUUGUUUUGGCGUUGUUGGUUGUUGUGUUGGGGUUUUGGUUGCUUUUGCCAAAGAUGCCGAAGAGUAGGGAUUGA